AAAUCUAUAAGGUAAUUUAAAAACCGUUUUUAGUUAAAAGUUAAUUCAAAAAUUUUAAACAAUGUACUGCUUUAAAACAUGUGCUAAAGUUUUUAGAAGUAUUUUCCUAUCAAAGAAUUUAGUGUAUAAAAAUAUGAAACAUGUUUAUUAUUUAAGUACUAGCAGUAUCUUUGGGCAUCCAGGAUCGCAUGAUGCGUACUACAAUUACUUUUUAAAUUUACCGUUUCCGAAAAAUAAAAUUUUUGCCACCUAUGUAUGGAUUGAUGCUAGUGGGAUAAAUUUACGGUCUAAAGACCGAAUAUUGGAUAAGGAGCCUUGUGAUUUAGAAAUGGUGCCGAAAUGGUCGUAUGACGGGAGUUCAACUGGACAGUCAGAUCUGAAGGAUUCAGAUAUUACACUACUUCCCGUUGCAGUGUACAGAGAUCCUUUUCGUAAGAGUCCGCAUAUAAUAGUUUUGUGUGAAACAUAUUCUAGUGAAGGUUUACCGACCCCCACAAACCACAGAGUAUCAUCAGCUAUAACCUUGAGUAAAAUUUGUGACCAAGAACCAUGGUUUGGUAUAGAACAAGAAUACACAAUGUUCGAUCGUGAUCAUUGGCCUUUGGGAUGGCCAAAGCCACGAGGGUAUCCAGACCAAGAUUCUAAGAAUUCUUACUGUGGUGUAGGUGAACAUGUAGCCGGGAGAGAAAUUGCUGAGUGUCAUGCCAGAGCUUGUAUCUAUUCUGGCAUGGAUUACGACGGAUCCAAUGCAGAAGUAAUGAAUGGAUCGUGGGAAUUUCAAGUAGGACCUACAUUAGGAAUAAAGGCAGCUGACGAUAUCUGGAUAGGUCGGUAUCUUCUAAAUCGAAUAGCAGAGCAUUUCGACGUUAUAAUUAGCUUUCAUCCUAAGCCAAUGGGAGAUGGACAUGCUGGCAUAGGAUGUCAUCAUAAUUUUAGUACAAAGAAAAUGCGUGCCGAUCAAGGUGUCACAGAAAUAAAAAGGAUUUGCAAAAUUUUAUGCGAUCAACAUGAAAAAAUCAUUAAAAGCUAUGAUUUAAAAGAUGGUGAAGAUAACAAGAAGAGGUUGGUAGGAAAAUUUGAAACAUCAUCAUAUGAUUCGUGUCGUGUAGGCAUUUCUGAUAGAAGUGCGUCGAUACGAAUUCAGAAAAAAGUUAUAUCAGAAGGCAAAGGAUACUUUGAAGAUCGAAGACCUGCAGGCAACUGUGAUCCGUACAUGGUUUGUGGCGUAAUUGCUAAAACAUGUAUUUGAACUUAAUUUAUUGGAAGAAACAACUAAAAAGAGCACUGAAUAUUUCGUGUUUGAUGGUCUAUUAGAUAUAAUUUGAUUAAUAAAAAAUUUAUUUUUAGAAAAAAUGUAAAAAUUUAAAAUAUAUACAUAUAAAAUAUUAUAAAAUGAAACCUAAUAAAAAUGAGAGUUAUUUUAGUUACAUUAGAUAUGUACUAAGAAAAUCUAAGUCUAAUGAUUUACGAUUUACUGUGAACUACUAAAUUUAGAUUUAUUGGUCAUAUCUAUAUCUUUUGUUUUGUUUGCCACAACAAAAUAUACAGUAUAUUACUCAGCCAACUCUCAUGUUUUUUUUAUUGCUUAGUUGGAUGGACGAGCUCAUAGCCUAUCUGGUGUUAAGUGGUUACUGGAGCCCAUAAACAUCUUCAAGGUAAAUGCGCCACCCUCCUUGAAAUAUCCGUUCUAAGGUCUCAGUAUAGACCCAGUAUAGUUACAACGGCUGCUCCACCCUUCAAACCGAAACGCAUUACUGCUUCACGGCAGAAAUAGGCGGGGUGGUGGUACCAGUAAAUUGUCACUGAAUAGACUUCAUACCUAUUUCGGACAAGCUCAUUAACUGGAAUUAGCGGAUUUCUGUGCUGAAUUCGUUUACGCAUAACGUCAUACACUAAAAGGAAAAUAAAUCCAAUGAGAUUUUUGAUAUUUCAACUUUCAACCUUGAAAUAUUAUCAAAAUUUUGUUGAAAUAUUGGUUUACCUACAUUUUGAUGUAUAUGUAAAGGCAAAAAUUAUGGAGUUGCAGUACAAUGUGUAUAAAC